AUGGCGGCCAAGCUGGACGUAGACUCGUUCCGCAAGCUCCUCCCGCUCGACUUUCAUGAGAAGUUCCUGGCGGCGGCGGUGCGGCCGGAUGGGCGCGGCCUGCUGGAGUUCCGUGCGGCGGCGGUCUCCCGCGGUGUGCUUGCCUCAUCAACGGUCGGCUCUGCGCUUGUGCGGGUGGGCGAGACUGCAGUGAUGGCUGGAGUCAAGGCCGAGGUUGGUCCGCCGGCUGCAGGCGCGCCGUCCACAGGCAUGCUGGUGGUCAACGCAGAGCUCCCGCCGCUCUGUUCGCCCGACGCUGAGCCCGGGCGCCCGUCGGACCGGACCCAGGUCCUCACCCGCCAUCUCAACGAGGUGCUCCUCGGCAACGCAUCGGGCGUCGCGCUCGAUGCGCUGUGCAUCGAGCCGGGCGUCGCUGUCUGGGUUCUCUACCUCGACGUCAUCGUCCUCGACGACUCGGGCUCGCUCGACGACGCCGCCCUCCUCGCUGCUGUCGCCGCCCUCGCCUCGUUUGAGCUGCCGGCUGUCGACGUCGACGCCGCAGAUGGCCAGGUCUAUGUCAACGACGGCGCGGAGUCGCGGGCCAUGGACAUCGGCACGCUGCGCAACGUGCCCACCCUCCCGCUCUCCUUCACCUUUGGCCUCCUUGGCUCGCACCUCAUCGCAGACCCCACCGCCUCAGAAGAGGUGCUACUCUCUGCAAAGGUCGGCAUUGUUCUCGAUGGCUACUCGGGCAACGUUCUCGCCACCGUCAAGACAGGCAAGGCUCCGCUGAGCCUCGAUGCCAUUGCCCAGUGCGUCGCGGUCGCCCAGGAACGCGCCGCCGCCCUCGUCCCGCUGCUGUCGUGA